GAAGAACGAAAACGCCAACGGCACUUUCUUUGUAGAGAACCACAAACCAGCAAACAAGACGGCGAUGAAGCGAACUUCCUUAGAGCACGACGCUGACGAGUCGCCCGCUAGUUUUCGCGCCGAGAGCGACGUCAACGCGGCUCUUAAGCCGCUGCACCUGCGCUCUCCCCAACCAAGUCCGCCCAUCUCCCCCGACAAACCCCGGCAGCAGCAGCGCGCGUCUACCGCGUCCUCCUCUCCCUCGUCGUUGCGCCGCUCAGAGAGCGUUGCCGGCAGCACGGCGCUACCGAGUACACAGAGCAGCGGCGAGGAGAGGACGCCGUCGCAGCGCGCGGGCGCUGCUCGGGCUGAACCGACGGGCACUGCGGAAGAUGCUGCCGCCGCCACCGGUGCUGCGGCGGCGGAUUCACGCAACAGCGGCGGUGGUGAAGGGGGCGAAAAGGAGCUGGGCGUCGACGAUCUUACGCUGCAUCAGCGGCGGCUCUACCGGCCCGAGGUGCGCUCCUGCGGACACCCGCAGCCGAUCUACCUCCGCGUACCCGUCGGACAGCGGACUGCACACCCACCACCGACGCGGCCUUCCGCUUCUCGUUCCCCGCCUCCCACGCAGGAUGUGAGAAGGAGCGGCCCGCAAACGAAGGCACCGUCGGACGCGCACGCCGACGGAGAAGUGGAGGAGGCCACAACGGCAGCGGCAGCACCGGACACGCGGAUAGAGGAAUCACCGGCUGCGGCUGCGAUGCCGAACUGGACGACGCGUCCUGCACCGCCGCCACCAUCGCCGUAUGCCGUGGAGAGCGCGCGUGCGUCCAACGCGGCGGAGUCGCUCGUCGAUGUUCCGCUGCGCGUCCCGGCGGUGCCGCCGCCGCCGCCAUUGGCUUCCCCCAGCGCCGGGCGAGACGUGCGAGAGGAUCAAAAGAACCGCAACGGCGAUGAUGGUGUCGCUGACGUCGACGAUGAGGACGCAGGCGAGCACGACAGCACGCCUCUUCCGCCGCCGGCACAGCGAAAGGAGGAGUCGCCGUUGCCGUCUGCAGCAGCGGCAGUGCAGCGCCGCUUUCAGCACCUUCGGGCCUCGUCCUCGUCCUCGUCCUCGUCCUCCUCUUCCGCCGCUUCAGAGAAUUCGCUCCUCAAGUCGCCUCCUUCGGGGACGGAGCGCACCAUCGAUGUCGAUCUAACGUCGAUGGAGCACGACCCGAGUUACCCGUCACGACGCUCUUCUCUACCGCCGCAGCAGCAGCCAUCGCCACCGCCGCAGCCUCAUCCACAGCAGCAGCAAUCUCGAAAUGCCGACUUGGCGGCCGGCGUGUCCGACCCCACACCGCUGCAUCGCGUUACGGCGUCCUCCUCCCCACACCCCUCGGAGGAGAUCGAAGAGGAAGGAGAGGGCGGCAUCGCGGCUGCGGGCGUCUCCGCGGACGAUCAGCAGAACGUGGUGGAGGUCGAUGCGUCGAAAGCGGCGGAGCAACUCGACGCGCAUCGCCCUCACCCUUCGCCGACGAGCGGCACCCUUGGGGAUGAAAAUGACGGCGCGGCGACGCCAGAGCCGUUUGCAGGUUCACCUUUAAGUGGUUCCGCACCGCCUCCGUCUGCAGCGAGUUCUUCGUCGAGCACCAGCCGCCACAUGAGCAGUUCACACGGCGGUGUAGAGGCGGCCAGCAGCGAGGAGCAGCCCCUACAACACCCGCCGCCGAUGCCGCUGCUGUCCGACGGUGAGGUGGACGUGACGGACGUCGAAGAGCUGUCGGAUCGAGACAUGAUAGACGCAGAGGAGGACACGGACAGCGAUGGCGAUGCGGAUGACGGCACGGCGGUGAGGGAAGAUGGCGAGCAAGCUGCUGCCGCUGCUGCUGAUGAUGAUGCUCCAGCAGCCGCCAUAGAUGCCGAACGCAAUCGCGCUCUGCUGACGGCGGGUGACGCCUCGCGUACCCCUCUGCUGUCCUCUCCGAAUGUGGUGGAUGUGCCUGCGCGGACCUCCCCUGCCAGCGAAGGCGGCGGUCGUCCGUCCACGAAGGUCGCACCGCACCCUACGGCAGAGGGCGGCGUGUCUCGCCAGCAGGCACCGUCCCGUCCUCCGCGGGAGGCAUCGAAUCAGCCAGAUUUCAUGAAAGGCGCAACCGGCAGAACGCACGGCGACGCCGACGAUGACGUGGACAUCGCCGAUGCGGUGCGGCGUGCGACAGUGCAGGAGCCGCCACCGCGAGAGCUGCGGCAGGCGAGCGACGACGGUGCACCACCGGCCUUCUCAACGGCCGCAGGGAGCGAAGAGGCGGCAAAGAGGAGCGGUGAUCGGGUGGGUGCUGGAAGUCCGACAGAGACGACGGCUCGCGCGACGGCAGCGGCAGCAAACAGCGAAGACCACAGCGAUGCGGAUGCCGUCCAGCCUGCUGUGGUGCCGCCGACGGUAGUCGUGGAAGAAAUACUGAACGACGAAACCGCCAAAGAUGAGGCGGACGCGGAGGACUUCACGGCAGCGGCCGCAGCAGCCAUCUCUCCCGUGGUCGUGGAGGACGUGACGGAGGGCGACAACACAACCAGCCAAACCACCGACGCCGCGGCUGCACAGCCGGCAGAAGCAAGACACGCGCCGGCGGGCAUGGUCGUGGAGGAGGGAGAGGAAGAGGGCAGCAGCGCAGCGGACGAGCCCGUCGGCUCCUCUGCGGCUGUCUCGGAGGUGUUGACGGAGGCAGCGGCGGCUCGCACGGGCGCGUCGGAGCGGAACAUGCGGGGUGCGGAAACCCCGGACAGUGCUGGCGGCACGCCGCUUGCGGCUGCGGCGGCGGAGCUUCCACAAGUCCAGAGCAGCGACCGCCGCCGCGGAGUCGACACCGCGGCGGCGAGUGACGCGAAGGAAAUCGACUUUGGGUCGGAGGAACGGCCACCCGACAACGCUGAGCACACAGCCCCUUCACCAACUCUUUCACAGCCCGCUUUCACAGCCGCAAGCACCAUGGCAUCCGCGGAAGACGCGUGUCUGCUUCAACCGCCAGUCACCGAGCCCCUCACGCGACGGCCGGUCGCGCCGGAGGAAGAGGACGGCCGGCAAGAGGAGGAGCCUCACCCACACCACCACACGGACUCGCCAGCGGCGCAAGAAGCCGCGACGACCACCACCACCACCGCCACCGCGGGUCCUCCUCCUCCUCCACGGAACGCCCCGCCCACCCGCACGGCACAACGGACCUCUGCGCUGUCACACCCGAAAUCCUCUCGUUCUUCGGCAUCGUCGUCGUCGUCGUCAUCCGCUUCCAGCUUUAAAGCGUACCACGUUGUCGCGCCGCGUCACAGUCUGCCACGAGCGGCUGUGGGACAUGAGGACUACCAAACCGUAGAUGGCCGCAGUCCACGCACCUUCUCUGUUGCUGAUGAUGCUGCUCGUGAUGAUGCUGCAGUAGAUGAGUUCUAUCGCAAGCAGCCUCGUGCGGUAGAGCAAAUGGAGGGAGCUGACUCGGCCGUUGAGGUCGCCGGCAGCGAUGCGCGCGAUGUCGUACACGAGGAAGUGCAGCAGCAGCAGCAGCAGCAACGUGGCGCUUUCCGUUCUCGUCGUCCGCACGUCGCGCGCGACCUCCUCGACGAUGUGGAGUCGCUGAGCGAAAUAGAAGACGUAGAGGUGGAGGACGACGAUGCGACGCUGGUGGGGAAAGAUUACAGCGCCGUCGCUGCUGGUCCGGCUGAUCAGCGCCGCGUGAUGCCUGCACCUCUCCCACCACUACAGACGAAGAGGAACGGCGAUGACGAGGUGGUGGGCGAGUACGUGCGCCAGCAUCGUGCGGCGGAUCUGGCGGUCGUGCAGGACCUCGAAAGAGACGGCCGUCGUCGCAUCAUGACGGACAUGCUGGAGGAGCGGGAAGUCAUUCUGCGCGAGGAGACGGCAGCCUUCACCGUGUUGUCGCUCAUGACACACCGCCAUCGCAGAGGCAGCAGCGAGGGGAGAAGCAGCGUGGGAGUGCAGAAGCCCCCACCGACGCUGGCGGCGGCAGCAGCGGCAUCGAUCGUAUCGCCGCAACGCUCCCCACAACAGCUGCUGCCGCCGUCUCCUCCCGCGCCGACGAGUCGAGAGGAGGUGCAGGAGUUGCUGCGCACGCGCGGCAUCCCGGGCGGGGCAUCACCGGGCGUCGUGCGCGGUGCAGCGCUGCUCACGGAUGAGUUGCUGUGUCGCGAGGUCAUUGAAGACGAUGAAGUCCGCGCGCGCACGAUGCUGCGGCGACUGCGGCAGUGCGAGGCGGACGCCUUCUGGCCCUCGCCUAUUUGCGUGCACGAAGCGCUGGCCUGGCAGCGCCUCUGCGAAGACGAGCGGGUGGCACGUCAGCGGGUGCGUGCCCUCGACGGGUCUGUGGACGAGGAGAUCAACAACUUGCUGCACAUCAGCCGCGAGCUCGCGAUGUGUCGGAUGGCGGAGGAGGAGGAGCGCCGCGAGGUGGUCGAGCGGGCGGAGCAGGCGGGGCGUCGGCGGUUGUACGACCUACACCGCAGCGGGCUCGCGGCACGCCUGCGGCAGAAGCAGCUGCUGCAGUCAGCCGUCGACAUCGCCUUCGCCGACGCGUUGGAUGACGUCGCGUUUGAGGAGACGCAGGACCGUGAGGGGCUUCGUAUCGCGUCCAUUCGGGCGUGGACAGCGCUGUUGGAGUCGCCGAGCGGCACGGCGAUACGACAGCAGCAGCAGCGGCAGCGAAGAGGAGAACGAGGCCCUUCACACCGGCACGACGACGCAGAGUCGUUGGAGUCCGAACCAAUCAGAAAGCUGAAAGAACGCGCGUCUGCGCCACCGUGUCAGUCGGCGCAAGCGAGCGCGACGGACGCAGCAGAGGAGGGCGUUGAGGUGCUUGAUGACUCGAACAGCAGCAGCAGCGAUGAUGACUACAUCAUCCUCCUUCACCCCGACGGUAAGACGAGAGCGACGCAGGAGGACGAUGUUGCGCCGGCACCCGAUGGAGAUGUGCACGCCCGCUCGUCAUCUUCGCCGUCUGCUGCGUCGUCUUCCGCCACGUCGACGUCCUCCUCCGACGCGGCGGUGUCCGUCUCGAUGGAAUCUGCCGCUGCCUCUGUCGACGCCGGCAGCGCGAACCACCACGGAGACAAUGCUGAUCUCGGCCCCGCACCACAUUUUUUUCAAUGGGACCCGACGUCCAACUCCAAUCCGUCGCCGCACACGUCCAACGACCACCCGUCCCAGUCGCAGCAGCAGCAGCAGCAGCAGCGACCGCAGCAGUUGCAUUCCACGUCCUCGCCGUCCCCGCAUCUGACCAACAUGACUUCCUUCACCGCUAACACCACCACCAACACCACCACCGCGUCCUCGAGUGGGCUGAUCGGGCAGAAAAUGCCGAAGGCGGUGAGCGCAAAGAGUGCGGCGGGCGUCAGUGCGACGACGACGGAGAGUCGGCGAUCACCGACGCUGGUGCUGCCGACGCGGCAACAGCUACAAGCGCAGGAAGGCAUCAGCCCCGCCGAAGCCAGCGCCUUGCUGCACGCGCUGCGUUGUGCGGAGGACGCAGUGCGCGAGACACGCCGUCGCCCGAAAGCUGCUCCGUGCUCCUCUUCUUCUUCUUCGCAGAAAGCAGCGGAAGGUGAAGAAGAGACGGCGGAGGCGGACGGCAAGCAGGCGACGCACCACCAUCACCACCACCGCCAUCCGCACUCACACAAAGAGCAGGCGGUUGCGAACGAAGAAGACGGAGACGGCGAGGCGGCAGGGAAGCCCGCAGAGGAGAAGACGCCGAAGCAGCCAAGUGCGCUCCAGCCGGAUUCAGCGGAAGCGGAGGCGGCGGUCAGCGCGCCAUCGCCGGAGCGCCCCACACACGGGCGCACCUCGCCCGCCCUGCCGUCGUCGUCGCGGGGCAGUCCGUUCUUCAUCACUCGUCACACCAUCCCCUGCUCCCUACGCCGCUCCCCCGCGCAAGGCUACGACGCCCUCGUGCGCAAGUACACCUCUCCCUCGCCGCCGUCCGGCCGUCGAGCAUCACCCGCGACAACAACGGCGGCGGCGUUGAAAGGACGGGGCGUGCUGUCGCCCCCGUCGGCCCCCGUCUCGGCCCGGUCGUCCGCCGCGUCGACGUCACCGCGGCGCUACCGCGACCGCGACGUGUACGUCUACGACGCGGCGCAGACGCGAAGACCCUCGCCAGCGACGCGUGGGCGAUCUCCAGGUAGGGAGCGGUUUCCAUGGGCCCCCUCAGCGCCGCGUGCUCCUUCUCGUUGCACUGUAAUGGAGGAAGAGGAGGGCAGCAGGAGCAGCGGGGUGGACACGCGGUGUGCGGAGCAGCCUGCCAUCUACGCAGCGAAGGGCGGGAUGCACCUCGACCCGGAUGCGCAGCAACAACACGCGACUGUGGCGGAUAUCGUCGAGGAUGAUGAUAACCACGACGCCACGCAGCAGCAGCAGCAGGCGUCGACAGCGGCAGACAGCGGCGAGCCGUCGGUGAUACGCACGCCAGCACGGGAGGUCUUCCCGCCCCGCCACGGCAACAUGCACCGCGCAGAGAAGUCCGUGUCUCCAUCGCCCAUCACCUCCCACUCAGCAAACCCAUCUCCCCCGCUCGUGUGGGACUUCGCUGCUCUGCGGCCGGCGCCGCCACCGACGGUGAUGGAGAUCGUCUCGGGCAGUUGCGUCCCACCACCGCCGCCGCAGAUGUCUCUUCUCGCCGCCCACGACGUGUCUCUCUCGCCUCUGAGCUCACCGGGUCGGGUGGCCGGUGGCGGAGACGCGCGACUUGCGCCUUCGCACGCGGCACCGACGGCGGCGUGGACGUCGCAGGUGGAGCAGAAGCGGCUCGAUCGGCUUCAAGCGAUGCUGCUAAUGAACCACCACCACACCGACUCAACGGUAGACGGUACGGUGUCGAUGGUAGCGGGGGGUCGCAGCACGGACGCACCGGGGGGAGAUUCCUCCUCGCCUCACAAUCGUGAUAAUACGAGUAGGAAUGCAGUGCAGUGCGGCUGCUCGCGACGACGCCUGCAGGAGCCGUCCGGCCCGCUGCUCAUCACGCGUCUGCCCUUCGAGAAGGGGCCGGGGGUGUGGCCCUCUGCCCUGAGCGAGCGGGACCGCAGCGGCCCUUUUGGUGCAGCAAAGAUGCAUGCGUCUGCUGCUCCGGGGUUGUCGUGCGCUGCCACCGCACGCGGGGGACGAGGGGAGGGAGGGAUCACCGCCUCGCCCCACACCCCUCCGCGUGUUGAGGCGCACGUGGUGGCCACGACGUCGCUGCCGCGCAGUCGACGCCGCCGCGCCGCCGCGAUGACGCUCGAAGACGCGUUUCGGCAGGCGGCCCGCAGCGGAGACGUGGUGCACUUGCCCACCACGGUGGCAGAGCUCUUACGCGGACCCCACCACAUCCAUCUUCCCGCUCCAGCUGCGUUGCCGCCCGCCAACGGCAGCCUCCACGACUGCGGUGACGAUGAUGCGGGAGACCAACCAGAAGACGAGGAGCAGCGAAUGCAGCAGGAGAGACAGCGAGGAUCGCCGACCCUCGCACGGCGUGGCGGCCCCCAGCGGAGCUACAAGUACGUGGAUGUGUUUUACAAGCAAUCGUCGUACGUCGCGUCACCGCAGGAGAACGCACGCGCCAGCCGCACACCAGCACCGGCGACAACAGCAGCCAUCUCGAAGGCGCAGCAAUAUAUUGAAGAACGGUGUGCGGCGGUGCAGCUGCGCGAGGCACACCACGAACUUCGAGAAGCACUCCGUCCACGAGCACCACCUUCUUCGACAUCAUCCGCAGCAGCAGCAGCAGCAGGGAGGAGGAGGACUCCCUCUGCGGCAGCGCCGGCGUCGCGCUCAGAUCGGGCCGGUCGCGCCAACGAAAGCGUGGGAGAGUCGGCGGCGGUGGCGGAAGCGGACGAAGCCGAAUGCUUCUUCGACGAUGACGACGUCGUGUUCUGCUCCGCGGUGGCGAGUCGGGUGGGGCGAGAGCGUGCAGCUGCACAGCGUCGCCGCGGCCAACCCCCACCCCCACCUCGGUCUGAUGUUCUGCCGCGCACGGCACGCACGCGGACGUCCACGCAGCGCAUGGCGCCUCGACGGUCACCGCCGCCUACCGCUGCAGGUGCCGAGAGUCCACACCCACACCCGUCCGCACAACAGCCGCAACGAGCCAACGGUGCAUCGUCAUCCACGCAGCCGUUCCAUCUAGACAUUCCGGCUGGCUACCGAGUCUUUCAAGCGCCGUCACCGUCGUACCUACAAUCGCGGACGCCGUCGCAGCCGUCGCCGUUCGCGCAGCGCGCAUUGAGCCCGUUUUACUCGCCUCCCGGACGUCGAAAGGAUUCCCAGCGAGCUGCAGUGGCAACAAAGCGCUGGUACGCCGCGCCGACGCCCUCUCCAUUGCAGCCGUACCAGCAAAUGUGA